AUGUGGGUCAUUCGCCUCUUCGUCGUCUUUGCGCUCACCAACGCGUACAUCAACCCUCAUUGGUACACGCAAUGCUUCAGGAGGAACCUGAAGGUUGGUGACGUCAUCACCGUCAAGGGGACGAUAUUGACCGGGUCACAGAGAUGGACGUGCAACCUGGCGAUGAGCCAGAUGAACAACAUCAUCAUCCAUGCGGACCAUCGUAUUAGCGAUGGCGAGAAUUACAUCGCCGCGAUACCGUUCACCGGCGGGCGAUUUGAGUUUACUUUCAGGAUCCUGUCGGAGCAAAUCGUCGAAGUGAUGUACAAGAACGGUGGUCUUGCCGGGACCACCUAUAAUCGUGGCGGAAAUAUUGCGCUUACCGCCGUGCGACAGAUCGAUUGCAACGGCGACCUGGAGAACAUCACCUUCCAUGGGGAUAUGAUGAGGGAUAAGGUCCUGCCUGUGCCUAGCCGCAAUGAUUGUCUAAUGUUCCCGCCAGGACCCUCGCCGCGCCGCCGCAAGCCCACCAAGGAGCAUAAGCACCAUCAUCACGAUGAGGACAGUGAAAGUGACUGGGAUGACCGAAGCCAUGGCCGGGAGCACGAUAAAUCGGAUGCCUUUAACAUCGAAGUGUCGUCCGAGGAGCGUUGGAGGAACCUACGUGUCGGCGACGUGAUCAGGGUCAAGGGGUCGAUCAUUUCCGGAGCAACCCGUUGGACGUGCAACAUCGCGAUGAGUGAGAUGAACAACAUCAUCCUUCAUGCUGAUCACAGAAUUCGUCCAACGCGCGUCGAGGGGGCUCGUGGGACCUACGUGAAUAUUCGACCCGGAAUGGGUGGUUGGGUACACAAAAAUUAUCACGCUGCCAUCCCGUUCUCCGGCGGACCGUUCGAGAUGAGCUUUCGAAUAAUCGCUGAAAACAUCGUAGAGGUCGUGUACAAUAGCACGACGUUUGCAGGGACAACUUACAAUCGUGGAAAGCACAUUCCGCUCUCUGUCGUCCGGCAGAUUGAUUGUAACGGCGACCUCAUGGAUGUCACUUUCCACGGGGACAUGAUGAGGGAUAAGGUAUUGCCGGUGAAGAGCCGCAGUGACUGUAUGAUGUUUCCACCAUCACCUCCUCCCCGCUCCCGCUCGAGGGAACACCCCCAUCACAGCCACAGCCAUGGCUGGAGCCACAGCCAUAGUCACAGCGACAGCGGGAGUCACGAUAGCGGUUUCGAUGACUUCAACAUCGAACUUCCGCGGUUUGGACGAGAC